AUGACAAAAGACAACGCCAACCCAUCAAUCAAAGGCAAAGACCAAGCCACAAACCGCCUAAACCAAGUCUCAAGCCAUAUAUCCCCCAAACAACCAAGAACAAAACAAAAAGCGCAAAACACUCUCCCAUCAGACCACUCAGACGUCCUCUCCCAAAUCUCAACCCUCCGAAAAAUAGCCAACACACCAAAUCCUACCCAAAGAGGCUACAUCCGCCAAAAACAAGCGGGCAAACUAUGGGUACGCGAGCGCAUAGAAGCCCUUCUAGACCCAAACACCUUCCAAGAAAUCGGCUCCAUCUCCGGCACGGUAACGUGGCAGAAAACCGGGCCGCAGCGCGAGAAGCCAACAGCCUUCAUCCCAAGCAACAAUGUGCAAGGCGCGGGCCUGCUGCGCGGCCGCAAGGUACUCCUCACAGCGGACGAUUUCAGCAUCCGCUCUGGACAUGCCGAUGGCGCGAGUACCGGGAAGACGGUCUACGUGGAGAAGCUUGCUAUUGCACUGCGUGUGCCGGUUGUUAAGCUUGUUGAUGGAAGUUCCGGGGGUGGCAGUGUGACGACGAUUCGGAAGGAGGGGUGGAGUUAUUUGCCGCAUGUUGCGUCGUUUCCGUAUGUGGUGCAGCAGUUGAAUUUGGGGAUUCCGAAUUUGGGGGCUGUUGUUGGGCCUGCGAUCGGGCUUGGUGCGGCGAGGGUUGUGUCGUGCCAUUUCUCGGUGAUGGCGGGCGAUAUUGGCGCUUUGUUUAAUGCUGGGCCUAAGGUUGUGGAGGGCGCUACUUUUGAGGAAGAUUUGGGAUUUCAGGAUCUUGGGGGUCCAAUGGUCCAUUGUACUAAUGGGACUAUUGAUAACCUUGCUGCUAAUGAGGCUGAGUGCUAUGAGCAAUUGAGAACUGUGUUGAAUUACCUCCCGAAUAGUGGGAGUGAGGCACCGCCGGUCGUCCCGUGCUCGGACGAUGAGAAUCGUGAAGAUAUCGCUCUGCGCAGUAUUAUCCCGCGACGACAGGCGCGCAUGUAUAAUGCGCGGUCGAUUAUCACAUCGGUUGUUGAUAAAGAUUCCUGGUUUGAGAUCGGUGCGCUGUGGGGUCGUACUGCCAUCGGUGGGCUCGCUAGGCUGGGAGGACGGCCAGUUGGAGUGAUCUCGCUGAACUGCGAAGUGAAUGGAGGUGCAUUGGAUGCAGCCGGGAGUCAGAAGUUGACCAGACUGCUGAAGCUGUGUGAUGUGAUGAACCUCCCUAUUCUGCAGUUCCUGGACGUCCGUGAGUAA